UAGGUCGCACAAUGUAAGAAGUGACCAGGCAACUAUUUGAAGUCUCCAGCCCUAAUACCUGUGGUAACUAUGGGAUUUUACCCUGCUGUUUGACCCGGGGAAGGAAUCUUUGAACCCGCUUGUGUGUGGUGGUUUUAUUUCUGAUUGUCUACUGUCAAUCUCGGGAAGGAGGGAGUACAGAGAGAGAAACAUGGGCUGUGCCAAGUCAAAAGAUUCUGCGGACUUGCAAGAAAAAAGCUUAAAUGAUCAUGUGCAUAAAACUCAAACAGCUCUUUAUGUGAAAGACCCUACAUCCAAUUCUCCUAACAGAAAUAACUCUCCAUCUAAGCAUGAUUCUUCAGAAGGAUCAGAUGAUGUGCUGGUAGUUGCUCUUUAUGACUAUGAAGGCAUCCAUGAAGGGGACCUGAGUUUUAAGAAAGGAGAAAAAGUGAGAGUGAUCUCGCAGCAAGAUGAGUGGUGGCUGGGAGUAUCUUUAGUAACUGAUCAGAAAGGUUAUAUUCCAAGCAACUAUUUUGCCAGAGUUAACUCACUUGAAACUGAAGAGUGGUUCUUCAAAGGUGUCAGUAGAAAGGAUGCAGAGAGACAGCUUCUGGCAUCAGGAAAUAAGUGCGGUUCAUUUAUGAUAAGAGAUAGUGAAACAACCAAAGGUAGUUACUCCCUCUCUGUUCGAGACUAUGAUCCUUCAGUGGGUGACACAGUAAAACAUUACAAGAUACGUACUCUGGACAAUGGUGGCUUCUACAUCUCUCCUCGAAUAACAUUCACCACUUUGACUGAACUAGUUAACCAUUAUAAGAAACAAGGAGAUGGAUUGUGUCAGAAGCUAACAAAGCCUUGCAUUAGUGAAAAACCUCAAAAACCAUGGGAGAAAGAUGCCUGGGAAAUACCAAGAGAGUCGCUCAGACUAGACAAAAAACUUGGAGCAGGACAGUUUGGAGAAGUAUGGUUGGCUACAUUCAAAAAUCACACCAAAGUGGCAGUGAAAACCAUGAAGCCAGGUACCAUGUCAGUGGAAGCCUUCCUCAUGGAAGCUAACCUCAUGAAGGCUCUUCAGCAUGACAAGUUAGUGCGGCUCAAUGCCGUGGUUACGAAAGAGGAGCCCAUAUACAUCAUCACGGAGUAUAUGUCCAAAGGAAGCUUAUUAGAUUUCUUGAAGAGUGAUGAAGGGAACAGAUUACAGUUACCCAAACUGAUUGAUUUUUCAGCUCAAAUUGCAGAAGGAAUGGCCUAUAUUGAAUCCAAGAAUUACAUACACAGAGAUUUGAGGGCUGCCAAUAUCUUAGUGUCUCACACGCUGGUUUGCAAGAUCGCUGACUUUGGCCUAGCCAGAAUAAUUGAAGAUAAUGAAUAUACAGCCAGAGAAGGUGCCAAAUUUCCCAUUAAAUGGACAGCACCAGAAGCCAUUAACUUUGGAUCAUUUACAAUCAAAUCCGAUGUGUGGUCCUUUGGAAUCGUUCUCAUGGAAACUAUCACAUAUGGCCGAACUCCAUAUCCAGGAAUGUCAAACCCGGAUGUGAUCCGCUCACUAGAACAUGGCUAUCGAAUGCCACGUCCAGAUAUGUGCCCCGUAGAGCUGUAUGACAUUAUGAUGAAGUGCUGGAAGAACAAAGCAGAGGAACGUCCCACUUUUGAGUACUUGCAGAGCGUUCUUGAAGACUUCUUUACAGCAACAGAGAGCCAGUACCAGCAGCAGCCAUAAUGAAGUGCCGAUAUGAACACAAUUGAACAAUGCAAAAAAAGUAACUCAAAACAUCCGUUUUUAGUUUUGACUCAUUAAGAUCUGCACUUGCAUUUUUGCACCACAUCCAAAGAAUGAAUCAUUUUUAACAUUAUUAACUGUAGUCAAUGUGUUUUCAAUGUUAAAUAUUUUCAAUGACAUUUUUUAAUGUGUAGUAACAAAUAUUCUAAAAAAUCUUUUAAAAAUCGUCAGUUCUUGGAAGGCUGAACAAAAGGUUUAUUUUUGCUGAAAUAAUGUUUAAAAUAAUAUUGGUACUGUAUAUUCAUUGUCAUCACAAUUUAUUUUUUAUUGUGCACUAUUUUUAUACUGAAGGCAGUACUCCCAUGUCAGAUUCUUGGCUAUAGUCCCUUAGGCAACUAUAUCGAUUAGAUAUUUCAUAAAUAGAAAAAUAAUUGAAUUAUUUCCGAACCACAUAAGGAUCUCAUAACAUGGAGUGUUUCUUUAACAUACAUAGUUGUUGUAGUCACCUACACAGUGAUUAUAGGAAAUAACUUAAUCUAUUUGUAAAAAUCUUGAAUCAUAUAUUCCCAAAAUCUGUAGAGUAUAGAGAGUUGCUUAAAAAAUAACAGAAGCAUUUGAUGAUCACAAAUAUUUUCAAAAAACCAUAAGACAUAGGAGCAAAUUUAGGCCAUUCAUUGCAUCGAGUCUGCUCGGCCAUAGGAUCAUGGCUGAUUUAUUUUCCCUCUCAGCCCCAUUCUCCUGCCUUCUCCUCAUAACUGUUAAUGUCCUUACAAAUCAAGAACCUGUCAAUCUCCACUUUGAAUAUACCCAAUGUUUUAAAUAUUCCCUAUGUACCUAUAUACGUAUAUCUAUCAGCAGAUCAACUAGCCUGUGGAAGGACAAGAGUUAACAAUAAAGGUCCAAGAAUGUGCAUCUGAUCAUCUGAAUGUUUCCAGCAUUCUGUUUUUUUUUUGGUUUCAGAUUUCCAGCAUCUGCAGUAUUUUUGAUUUUGGUCCAUAUUACCAUUCUGCUCAUCAGCAUUGUGAGGCUUCCAUAAAAGAAUGUUUAGCUUUAGACCAAAAAAACGACAGAAGUAGAAUUAGGCCAUUUGGCCAAUUGAGUCUGUUCCAUUAUUUGAUCAUGGCUAAUUUAUUUUCCCUCGCAACCCAAUUCUCCUAUGUUCUCCCAGCAUCCUGUGACACCCUUACUAAUCAAGAACCUAUCAACCUCUACUUUAAAUAUACCCAUUGACUUGCCUUCCACAGAUUAACACCCUCUGGCUAAAAAGAAAUUUCUCCUUAUUUCUGUUCUAAAAGGUCAUCCUUCCAUUCUGAGGCUGUGCCCUCUGGUCUCAGACUCUUCCAUUAUUAGCAACAUCUUCUCCAAGCCCACUCUAUCCAGGCCUUUCUGUAUUCAGUAGGUUUCAAUGAGAUUUCCCCUCAUUCUUGUAAACUCCAGUGAAUACAGGCCAUCAAACACUCCUUGUAUGUGAAUUCUUGCAUUCUUGUAAACCUCCUCUGGGCACACUCCAAUGGCAGCACAUCAUUUUUUUUUUACAUGAAGGCCAAAACUGUUAAUAUACUCCAAAUGUGGUUUCCCCAAUGCCUUAUAAAGCCUUAUAAGGCAUUACAUCCUUAUAAAAUGUUACAUCCUUGCUUUUAUAUGCUAGUCCUGAUUAAAUGACUGUUAGCAUCACAUUUGCCUUCCUUACAACUGACUUAACCUGCAAGUUAACCUUUAGGAAAUCCUGCACCAGGACUUCCAAAUCCCUUUGCACCUCCAAUUUCUGAAUUCUCUCCCCAUUUAGAAAAUAGUCUAAGCCUUUAUUCCUUCUACCAAAGUACAUGACCAUAUGCUUCCCUAUACUAUAUUCCAUUUGUCAGCUCUCUGCCCAUUCUCCAAAUCCGUUUAAGUCCUUCUGCAGACUUCUACUUUCUCAACACUAUCUAUGGCUUUACCUAUCUUGCUCACAAAGCCAUUAAUUCUGUCAUCUGUCAUUCUGUAAUAUAUAACAUAAAUAUUUGUAGACCCAACACUGACCAUUGCAGAACACCACCUGUCACCGGGAGCCAACCAGAAAAGGCCCGCUUGAUUUCCACUCUUUGCCUUCUGCCACUCAGCCACUCUUCUAUCCAUGUUAGUAUCUAUUCUGUAAUGCCAUGGGAUCUUAUCUUGUUAAGCAGCCUCAAGUAUGACACCUUGUCAGAGGCUUUCUGAAAAUCCAAGUAAACAACAUCCACUGAUUCUUCUUUGUCUAUCCAGCCUGUUACUUCCUCAAGAAUCCAACAGAUUUGUCAGGCAGAUUUCCCCUUAAGGAAAGCAUGCUGAAUUUGUAUCAUAUGCCACCAAGUACCCUAAAACUCCAUCCUUAAUAAUAGACUCUAACUUUUGUGCCAACCAAUGAAUUUAGGCUAACUGGCCUGUAGUUUCCUGUCUUUUGCCUCUCUCCGUUCUUAAAUAGCGCAGUGACACUUGCAGCUUUCCAGACUUCCAGAGCUCUUCCAGAAAUGACUCUUGAAAGAUCUUUAAUAAUGCCUCUACAAUCUCUUCAUCUAUUUCUUUCAGAACCCUGGGGUGUAGUCCAUCUGGUCCAUGUGACCUAUUUAUCUUAGACCGUUCAGCUUCCCAAGCACCUUCUCCUCAGUAACAGCAACUAUGCUCAUUUCCAAUCCCUAACAUUCUCAAAUUUCUGACAUACUGCUGGUGUCUUCUUUAGUGAAUACUGACAGAAAAUACACAUUCACUCAUCCAUCAUUUCUUUGCUCCCCGUUAGUACCCCUCCAGCAUCAUUUUCUAACUGUUGAUAUCCAGUCUUGCCUCUCUUAUAUAUCUGAAAAAACUUCUCGUGUUCUCUUGAACAUUAUUGGUUAGCUUAUCUUGAUAUUCAUUUUUUUCUCUCCUUUUUUAAUUGUCUUCUGCUCGUAUUUAAAAGCUCACAAUCCUCUAGCUUCCAACUAGUUUUUGCUAUAUUGUAUGCUAUUUUUGCUGUCUUUGAACUGCCUCAUCAGACAUGAUUGCCUUGUUCUUCCUUUAGAAUGCUUCACUUUCCUUGAGAUGAAAUGUUCAUGUGUCUUCUGAAUUAUUCCCUGAAACUCCAGCCAUUGUUACUCUACCAUUAUUUCUUCUACUGUCCCUUUCCAAUCAACUUUGGCCAGCUCAUCUCUUGUGCCUCUGUAGUUACCUUUGCUCAACAGUAAUACUGAUAUAUUCAAUCUUAGCUUCUCCCUCUCAAACUACAGGGUGAAUUUUACCAUAUUAUGAACACUGACUCCUAAGGGUUCCUUUGCCUUACGGUCCUUAAUCAAAUCUGGUACAUUAUACAACACCCAAUCUAGAGUUGCCUUUUCCCAAAUGGGCUAGACCACAAGCUGCUUGAAAAAGCCAUCUCAUAGGCAUUCUACAAAUUCCUUCACUUGCAGUCCAAUAUCAACCUGAUUUUCCCAAUCUCCCUGCAUAUUGAAAUCCCCUGAUACCAUUGUAACAUUGCCCUUUUUACAUGCCUUUUCUAUCUCCCAUUUUAAUUCAUACAUCACAUCCUGGCUACUAUUUUCAGGCCUGUAAUAACUCCCAGCAGGGUCUUUUUACCCUUGCAGUUUCUUAACUCUACUCACAAGAAUUCUACAUCUUCCGAUCCUAUGUCACUUCUUUCCAGAGACCAUUUCAUUUUAUACCAACAGUGCCAUGCCACCCCUUCUAACUACCUGCCUGUCUUUUCAAUGUGAUAUUUAUCCGUGGAUAUUUUGCUCCCAGCUGAGAUCUUCCUUCAACCACUAUUCUGUGAAAUCCACAAUGUCAGACUUAACAACUUCUAGCUGUGGCACAAGCUUAUCUACUUUAUUUUGUGUACUGUGUGCAUUGACAUAUGACAUUUUCAUUCUAGUAAUCACCACCCUUCGUCUCAAUUUUGUUUCUAUGAUGCCUAAAGGUAAAUUCUUAUCCUUUUCUGAAAUCUCUCUUAUUCUUUAUUCUAGAGACUUUAGUAUCCUCGCCUCCACUGUCUUUCCCUUUUUAUCCAUACUUCUCCAAGCUAUUGAACCUAUCCCCUACUAAUUAGCUUAAAGCCCAAUCUACAGCCCAAGUUACGUGAUUUACCAGGACCCUGGUUCCAGAAUGGUUCAAAUGGAGUCUGAUCCAUUGGAACAACUCCCUCUUUAAGGGAGCUGUUCCAAUGGGUUUGGCUCCACCUGAAUCCCCAAUAAGGUUAUGACAACUAAUGGAAUAUCUGCCAAUUCCUCUUGUGUGAAGUUAACAAUGCUAAGAAGGUAAGCUCAGGUAAAUUCAGAAUACUGAGCACUAAAGUGUUCAGCAACCAAUUUCUGAAAAAUUGAUGCUCUUAGCCCAAAGCUAAGGCCUGUCAAAACAGAAGGCACCAGGUUGAUUUGGCUGGAGGUUAGAGUAUUUGUUCUGUUGGAAUAUAAAUAAGCAAGCCCACAGUCCAAACUAAAUGCAGAAUGUGCAGUUUAAAGUGUGAAUUACUGGAAAAACAUUCAUUUUUCAGCAAUGGGAACUGUACCUGCUGCAAAUCUGAAGCUGCUGGAAAUCCGAGCAACACACACAAAACGCAGGAGUAACAGAGCAUCUGUGCAAAAAUAAAAGUACCCUACUGCUGAAGGGUUUUGGCCCGAAAUGUCGACUGUACUUUUUUUCCAUGGAUGCUGCCUGGCCUGCUGAGUUCCUCCAGCAUUUUGUGUGUGUUGCAGGGUAGUCCAGCAGGAUUGCCUUUGAAGCAGAAGGACUGUUCCGGAAAUUGGGCAGCUUGACACAGAAAGAGAUUGCUACUGCAGCCAAACUAGUGAAGUAAUGCAAAUCUAUAAUUUUUUUUAAAGAGCGUGAAUUUUAUUGGCCUCUUUUAUUGUUAGAAUAUAUUUGUUUUUAAGUUUUUUAAUCAGGUGUGUAUGUUUUGGGAAUAAUUUAUAGCGAUGAACGUACUAGGUGUCAUUUGUGCGCAUUGUAGCUUUGCUUAGUAUGGAUUAGAGUAUGCAGAUGCUUUAAGGUUUAUAAACUGCAUUUAUUUUUCACUUGGCUUGAAAGCAUGAAAUUAUAAUUCCAAAAAUACAUAAUGUAUAUUUCAAUGAAGGCUUGAAGUGUGAAAUAAAGUGCCUUAAUCUCAA